UGGUUUUGAGAACUUCAAGGGGUUGGUGAUAUAAUGGCGCACAUUGCAGGUAUGGUGUUCUGAUGAUUUGUUCUACCAGCAGUGGGUGGCGAAGAAAUAACACCCAGGAUGGACCCGAUCGUACAGCAGAAUGCAGAAAGGAGAGGAAGAGAGUUACGUAAGUGUCAAAUCAUGAAAAUAAUCAUGAAUUUGAAAUUGUAGGUGAGGUUAUCAAGAAUGAUGACGAAUUAUAGUACAACGUUACUUUCGAAGAAAGUAAUUUUGAAUUGAGUGAACUUAUUUACAACGAUCUUAUCUGUUUAUAGGCUAAUCGAAUAACACUUCUAUAUGUUAUAACAUAUUGUGGCACUGACGCUGUUUUCUGUCCAUUAUAAAUGUGUUUACUGUUUAUUUACCUGCUGUUGGGGGGAGGUGUCCUCCUUAGUUAGGGUGAGGAGUACGGUGCCGAAGGGAGAGUUGGAGAGAAAAGGGAACGAAGAGUUGCAGUGAGCUGUUCAGGAAAAUAUAGACUCCUUUAGCUUUUGUUGUUUUGAAGGAGUUUCCUGUAUUUCUUCUGGAAAAUAACACAACCCAACAAUAUAGAAGUGUUGUUUGAUGAUAAAAAGAAAAGUACUCUUUCAUUAUAUUAAAUCCAACCAGUCAUGAUCAUAUUGAUGUUAACUGGGAUAUUUGAUGCAAUGAGCGUUUAUUUCCCCCAGAGAGACAGCGAAGUACAAGUGCUGAACGUCCUAACAAGAGACAGCGACAGCGAAGUAUAAGUGUUGAACGUCCUAAAUUGUCACUGAAUGUCUCUGGAAAACAAAAGCUGAACCUGGUGCUGUGUGGAAGUGAUGGAUCACUUACAGUCUCUGUGUCCAAACUUUUACGAGGGAAACCGAUAAAUCCUUCACAUCAGAGAGUGAACAGUGGAGAGUGUGUGAAGAGAGAGGGGAUGAUAGAUGGACGUCUGAUCAGUCUGGUGGAGCUUCCAGCUCUCAGUCGGCUCUCAGAAGAGGAAGUGAUGUGUCAGACUCUCCGCUGUGUGUCUCUCUGUGAUCCUGGAGUUCAUGUUUUCCUCCUCAUUGUUCCUGUUGGUCCUCUGUUGGAUAAAGACAAAGCAGAAAUGGAGAACAUCCAGAAUAUAUUUUACUCCAGAGAACAUUUCAUAGUGCUUUUUACAUCAGAGAUCACUGUUGACAGAGCAGUGACUGAGUUUGUCAAAUCCAGCCCAGAAUUUCAGAGGUUAAUCAGUCUCUGUGGAGGUCAGUACAGAGUGAUGGGGUUAAAUGAACCUGAAAACUCAAGACAGAUCCCAGAACUAAUGGAUUAUAUAGAGAACAUGAAGACUGAACCCUAUUCACUUCAGAUGUAUGUGAAAGCUCAAGAGAACAGAGUCAGACGUGAAACAGAGGAGAAAUAUAAAGAAGAGCUGAAGAGAAUGGAGGAUGAAAUCAAAGAGUUAAAGCAGAACAUUCAUUUAGAAGGUGCUGAAUGUUCAGAUUAUCUGAAGUUUUUGAGGAUUGUGCUGAUCGGAAGAACAGGAAAUGGAAAGAGUGCGACAGGAAACACUAUUCUGGGAAGAAAUGAGUUUGUGAGUCAACCAAGCAUGGAUUCAGUGACGACUGUUUGUGAGAAGGGAGUUGGUGAAGUUGAUGGUCGAUCAGUAGCUGUUGUUGAUACUCCAGGACUGUUUGACACGACAAUGACAAAUGAUGAAAUGGUGGAAGAAAUAGUGAAAUGUGUUUCACUGUCGUCACCUGGACCUCAUGUGUUUGUCAUUGUGUUGAGUGUGGGAAGAUUCAUCCAGGUGGAAGCAGACACUUUGGAUUUGAUAAAGAAGAUAUUUGGACAUAAAGCUGCUCAGUUCAGCAUCGUUCUGUUCACUAGAGGAGACGAGCUUGGGAAUGAGUCUAUAGAAGAUUAUGUGAAGAGAGGAAACAAUGCAGACCUGAAGAAACUGAUCAGAGAUUGUGGAAACAGAUUCCUGGCUUUUAAUAACAGAGAAAAUCAAGACAGAACUCAAGUGAUUCAACUGUUAAACAUGAUAGAAGAGCUGAAAAAUAAUAAUGAGGGUCGAUACUUCACUAACAGAAUGUUUGAGGAGGCAGAGAUGUCCAUUAAAAAGAGAAUGGAGGAAAUACUGAAAGAGAGAGAAAGAGAAAUUCAGACUCAGAAAGAAGAAUUACAAGCCAAAUAUGAGAGAGAAAUGAAAGACAUGAUGAAGACACUCGAGGAAGAGAAACAAAGAGCAGAUGAGGAGAGAAAGAAAAUGCUGAAUCAACUGAGAGAAAAAGAGGAAAAUCUCAGAAAAGAGUUUGAAGAGAAAGAGAAAACAGAACAGAAGAUUCGAGAGAUUGAAAACCAGAAACAAUCAGAAGAGGAAAAACAGCAAAGAGCUGAAUAUCAUCAGAAAAUAGAAGAAAUGAAGAGAGAGAUUGAAAAUCUGAGAUUACAGUAUGAAAAACAGCAAAAAGAAAGAGAAGAAGAAGAUAGAAAGAGAGAAGAGAAAUACAGACAAGAUCAAGAAAAGAUGAAAAAUGAACAAGAGCGUAUUAUUGCAGAAUUACAGAAAAAACAGGAAAAAGAUAUAAAAAAGAGAGAUGUAGAGGAAAGAAAGAGGAUCAAACAAGACGAGAGAGAAAGACGAAGAUGGGAAAGAAAAAUAAAAGAUGCUGAAAAUGACAAAAAAGAAAUUCAAGAGGAAAUUAAACGACAGCAGAGAGAAUGGGAGGAUGAAAAGAAACAACAGAUGAGUGAUCGAGAGGAAGAAGAAAGAAAGAGAAAAGAGAAACACGAAGAACAACUGAGAGAAAAACAAGAAGAACUGGAGAAAAUGAAAAAGAGAUUUGAAAAAGAGAGAGAAGAAAAAAGACAGAAGAUAGAGGAGGAGAGACAGAAACAGAGAAGAGAGAAAGAAGAAAAAGAGAGAGAAUAUGAAGAAAAGAAAACUGAAAUGGAAAGAUAUUAUGAACAACUGGAACAAGAGAGAAAAGAGGAGUGGGAGAGAAGAAAACGAGAAGAUGAGGAGAGACGAGAAGAAGAGAGAAAGAGAUCGGUGAGAAUGAUUGAAGAUCUGAAACGAGAGCAAGAAGAAAUGAAGAAAAGAGAAGAAGAGGAUAAGAAGAGAAAAGAACAAGAAGAGAAAGAGAGAGUAAUGAAACCGAAACAUGAAGGGAAAAUAAAACUCAUGAAGAAGAAACAUGAAGAUGAAGCCAGAAAACAAGCAGAAGAAUUUAAUGAUUUCAGAGAGAAAAAAGAGCAGCACAUUCAGGAGCUUCAACAGAUGCUGGAUGAACGUCAGAGACAACAUGAACUAAUGGAAAAACAAUAUCAAGAUCUGCAGGUUCAGAAAGGAGAAGAAAUAAAAGAACUACUACAAGAAGUUGAAAAACUGAAAAAUAAACCAGGCAAAUGUGUCAUUUUGUGAUAUUUCUGCAAAAUAAUAUUAAUGCUUCUUUUUUAUUAUUAUAGUUACCUACAAUUUUUAGGGGUCAGCAGUGUUACAAACCUGGUCUAAGUUCAGGGAGUAACAAGAAAGAAAGAAGCCUGUAACAAUUUUUUUUUUUUUUUUCCUUGAUUUUAUUUUCACCCAUCACACCACUCAAAUUAGAAGCAGUCUGUUCAGGAUUGGGCAAGGAUGAAAAAAAAAAAAAAAAAAAAAAGGGUUCGGUUUAUACCCUAUGUGCAUAUCUGCAAUGUAUUGAGGUCCUAGGCCAUUGAGUUAUUUAUAAACAAGUAACAGUACUUUAAAAUCAAUUAUAAAUGUAACUGGAAGCCAGUGCAAGGACCUGAGGUCUGGUGUGAUAUGUUCAUAUUUUCUGCUGUUCUGUAUGAGCUGUCUGUUCAGGAUUUGGCAAGGAUAAACAAAACAAAAGAUGCCACUGACUAAACGCACAAUCACCAAAUAACUUAAGUGAAAAGUAAAAUAAAAUAAAUAAUAAUAAUAAUUAUUAUUAUUUAUAGUGGACUUCCCUCUGGCUUGAUGUCUGGAACAGAACAGAAUGCAGUUAUAUUUGCACAAUUUACAGUAAAAUCAAAUCAAUACAAGGGAAAGAAAGAAAUAAGCAUACAAGAACUGUAUAAAAGAAAUUGCUCUACACCAGAAAAUAAGAACACUUUCUUUCUUUCAAGCACUGAAAGAAAGAGAAAUAAGAACACAAACUACAACUUUCAGCCACAGCCUUAGAUGAAAUCAAAUGAAGAUAAAAGACAUUAAAUCUCUCAAGAUCUGAUUAAACAAACAGCAUUACCAGCUUCACUUAUUACUAACCACAUUUACUUUUUUUCUGUCAGACAUCCAGAGUUCUUUUUGAGAAUUAACAGAGGUUUAGAAGUUGAUGAUUUUUUGAAAAUGUUUUUAAGUCACCUUCAUGGUGAUCAUUGUUUUGCUUUAGUUGGGCUCUUGACCCUCGACUUUUGUUAAUGUUGUGUUCUUUUGUGCAUAUUGGCCAGUAGGUGGUGGUGGUAGUUUGUGCUAUGUGUAACUUUAAGAACAAGAAGUAAGAGAGUUAUAACCAUUCCACCCAGUGCUGCAUGUUCUGUACUGUUAUGCUACUUCCUUUUGUUAAUUAAAGAUUUCGUUA